GACUUGGUCAUCCAAACCAUCACGGCAAUCGCGACAUGAUCACGAGGAAUCGCAACUGCCGAAGCACGGACAGCCUGUAUUCACCGCUUUCUAGCCGAAGGGUUCUCAUUCCCGCAGUAUCAACGUCGUUCUACCUCAGGAGUCCAGACCGCAAGCCGUUGACAUUCAUGCGGAAGGUCGUGUUCUUCUCGUUCAAGACUCCUUGCAACUUGUACUGGAUCGGUGGCCUUGCUUUUCUCGCGAGCUCCAUCCUAUUCUACCCAUAUUUCAACGCGCCGCAACGUGCCGACAACCUGGGCGACGAAAUCGGCAGCCUCGGCUUUGUCUUUGGUUCGGUGACGUUCUUGGUGGGAAGUGGCAUCGAGGUAUAUCACGCGGUGCCUGUUCAGUCCAUUCCGAUGCGUGGCGUGCUCCAAUGGACCCCACUUAUGUCGAGUUUGCUAAAUACGAUCGGGUCGAUGCAGUUCGUGGUCGGCAGCUUCUUCUUCAUCCCCGACUACUUUAACGCGUACCCGUCGGUGGGUUGUUUGCUUUUCAUCGGUGGUUGUCUGUGCUUCUGUCUUUCCAUCGUGGCAGACUUUACGCGAUUCUCAACGUCUGAAGUGACGUCGGCGUUCGAAUGGUCCGACCUCGUGAGUGUCUGGUUUCUCGCCGCCGUCGUCAACUUUGCAGGAAACGUCUUGUUCAUCUCGGGGUGCUACUACUACCUUCCCCAGUUCCUCCAAGUCCCGGACGCUCACGUCGCCGCCGAGAACGUGUCGUUUGCCACGAGCCAAUUCGUCGUUGGAUCGCUGUGUUUUGCCCUCGCGCCUCUGCUUCAAAUCUACAGCAUGAACAAGGACCUCGACGCAAAAUGCCUCUUCCGCGAGAUCAUGUAGACCUGUAUCCUUGAAUUGCCCCUUGUGUUUCCUCGCCAAUCGCUCCGACGGCUUACACCGAUUCCCUAUCGGGACUCAUUGUUGAUGCCAUCCUACACAAGCAACGGAUGGCCCACUCUGGCCCAUCCCAACUACCUGCUUCACUUUGUUCAAACAUC